AUGGCCAUGCUUCGGCACGAAUGGGUCGGCUCAACCGGAGUACCACGGCCUCACAGAAAACCGGCACGCAAACCAUCGUACACCAUGGAUGACCGGACGGUGGACCUGAUCUUCAGCGGCUCCCUGAAGUCGCUGCCACCAGUCAGCUCGAAGAUCGUGAGGAUAUUCACCAGUUCCACCUUCACAGAUACAACAAUGGAAAGAAAUACCUUGAUGGCGAAAUGCUACCCUCGCAUUAAGGAUUACUGCCGCGAGAAGCACGGGCUUGAGUUUCAGCAACUAGAAGCCAUAGUAGCACCACAGAAGCAAGGAGACGAUUACAAGUACUAUACGGUCAUUGCAAAACUGCCAAAAGAAGAAAUAAUACAGGUUAGUGACCUCAUUACUUGCCCACCGCCAAUAGAAAAGUACAAGGCUAUCAAAGAACGCCUAAUCAGUUGCUAUGAGGAAUCAGACCAACGUCAGCUCCAAAAAUUAUUGUCUGAAAUGGAUCUCGGCGACCAGAAACCAUCACAUCUUCUGCGCAAGAUGCGGACCCUGAGUAACGGAAAUAUCAGCGACGAAACCAUCAAACUUCUAUGGUUGAGGCUUCUGCCACCAUCAGUGACUUCGGUUCUAGCAGUCACAGAAGACAUAGAUGUGAACAAGAUGAGCCAGAUCGCGGACAAGAUAUUAAUAAAUUCAACACGUACAGAGGUGUCAGCUGUGGUGGACAUGCGAUGGGGGGUCCGUGAUGAAGCCACAGACGAUCACAUGACCACAGAACUCUGUAUGAGGGAGAUUAAAAACUGUCAGCGUCUUUCCAUGGGACCCAACUUCGUGGUCUUCUUGGGACAGAAAUAUGGAUACAGACCAAUUCCAACAUAUGUGCUAUCUUCAGAGCUGCAGAUGUUGAAAGACGAGCUGGUGGCAGGAGGUGUGGACGUGAUCCUACUGGAUACUUGGUACAAGAAGGACUCGAAUGCUGUACCUCCUGUGUCUGUACUUCAACCCAUCUCUUCCAUAUUAAUCAAUUUUAAUAACAAGAGGGUCCCAAAACUUCAAGCUGAGGAUCAAGCAGUAUGGUGGGACACUCUUGGGAAGAUGCAGAAACUCUUCCGAAAAGCAUCAUCACAACUAUACAACGCUGGCAAGAUUGAUAAGGAUUGUAUGCACAAUUAUUUCAUGUCCGUGACUGAACGUGAAGUCAUCAACGGAGUGCUGAACGUCAAGAAUACGAAGAACCACUGCUUAGCCUACGUCCGGUACAUCAAUAACAUCAACCUGCAGAAUCUGAAGAAGGCCAGCAACUUCGUGGACAUCAUCAACAGGAGCUUGGAUGCUGAGGCUUCUAAACUCCUCGCUGAUCUUCGAGAUGUCAGACUUCCGAAUAAAAUUGAGACUACUAAUAUACAGAAAUACACAGUGGAAUGGAUCGGUCGCGAGGGUCUUGACACGGAGACACACAGCGAAUACCUCGGCCACUUUAUAGCCCAUUUCUACAAGAAUAUUGUGAAAUUAGUUGACAGAGCCAUGCGCAAAGAAGACAGCAGUGCACAGGGUGUGAUCGUGACAGAGAUACUCCAGCAUCUUCACGCUUGCAAUAAUUCCGUCAAGGUGUUCCACGGGAGAGAGCCAGAUCUAGACUUCAUAGAGAACUACAUGAAGAACAAGUCUGAUAAGCCAUUGGUGCUGUAUGGAGAAGGUGGUUGCGGCAAAACCAGUCUAUUAGCGAAAAGUGCUGCGAUGUCCUUAGACACCUGGUUCGCUGAUGUCAAACCUACCAACGUCAUCAGGUUCCUCGGAACAACUCCUGAUUCCAGCGCCCUCACUCCUACCCUCAUCUCUAUCUGUCAACAGAUAUCAUAUAACUUUGCUCUUCCCUUCGAGGGUAUACCUGAUGACCUGGUGCCUCUCACCGCACACUUCAAGCACCUCCUGACAAUGGCCACGCAGCAGCAGCCUUUACUUCUAUUCCUGGAUUCCGUAGACCAACUCACGGGCAUUGGCACUGAGAAUAAUAAGGUCUCCUGGCUACCAACGAGGUUGCCUGCUCAUUGUAAGAUAAUAGUAACAUGUGCUUGUGAGGAAGCAAAUCCAGAAGUGUCCAAAGAAUAUGACGUACUAAGGCGUAUGAUCGACUCCGAAGAGAAUUUCUUAGAAGUGAAGGCUUUAGGAGAAGAUUUGGCGAUGCAGGUUUUGAAAUUGUGGAUGGCAUCAGCAGCUAGAGAUUUAUCCAACUACCAGUGGCGUUUAGUAUCAAACGCGAUCGCGUCAUGUUCUUUGCCAAUAUUUGUAAAGCUCGUCUUUGCUGAGGUCUGCAGAUGGAGAAGCUACACCAAACCACAAGACACGCACUUAGCGUCAACAGUCAUGGACUCCAUCAUGAUGCUGUUCGAGAGAAUUGAGAAACAGCACGGUCGUCUUCUCGUCUUCCACGCUCUAGCCUACAUUACAGCAGCGCGCAGUGGUCUUUCGGAAACCGAACUAGAAGACCUAAUCUCCUUGGACGACAAGGUGUUGGAUGAUGUGUACCAGUACCAUUUACCACCUGUUAGACGAAUACCACCUUUAUUGUGGACUAGGAUCCGCAACGAUCUUCCAAAUUAUUUAUCAGAACGUGAAGCUGACGGUGUCUCCGUGAUGAACUGGUACCACAGACAGUUCCGUGAUACGGCACGGGAGAGAUACUUCAAGAAUAUGAACAUGGCCAUGUACUUCCAUUCUAUGAUCGCUGAUUAUUAUUUGGGAAUAUGGGGUGGUGGGAUACCCAAGCCCUUCAAGUAUACAGAGAUACAGCGUCACCGCUUCAAUCUGGCUGACAGAGAGGGUGUGGCUGAUAGGAAAGUUCCUCUGCAACCUCUGGUUUUUACCUCUGCUGAUGGUGCUAACAAGAGAUACAAUUUGAGAAAGUUUGGUGAACUCCCAUUUCACCUGGUCAGAUCGAAACGGUUCACAGACUUGUACGCUGAAGUACUGUUCAACUAUGAAUGGCUCCAUGCGAAGCUGAACUGCUGUCCUCUGCAAGCUGUGCUGGCAGAUUUUGAAGAUGCCAAGCUCCAUGUUAGUAAGGAUGCUGUCAGAGAGCUCAUGCUGGUAGCGGAUGCCUUACGUCUGGGAGGUGCGAUCCUGGGCACAUACUCUGACAUGUUGGCUCCUCAGCUAGUCGGCAGACUCCUGCCAGAAGCUCCUCACAAUCCUGCAAUAUCCUCGCUGCUGAAGCAAUGUGUUCAUAAUGGAAAGACUCACUGUGCUUUAUUGCCAUCCCAUCAUUGUUUGCACACCCCUGGAGGACCUCUUAAAUAUUCGUUAGAAGGUCACCAGUUCGCAGUCUUCGCGUUCAGGCUGAGCUCUGACAAACGCUACGUGGUCUCAAUCUCCAGUAGGGUGAUCUCCUGGGACCUGUCCACAUCGGACCUGGCGAGGGAUCUAUGUCCUCAACUCGAGGGCAUUAUGCAGAACUUGGAAUUGUCACCAGAUAAUAAAUGGGCCGCUGCGUCUACUAAUAAUUCUGUGUCGAUGCUACUAAAUAUGCUGACCAGUGAAUAUAUCACAAUCGACAAUCCACUUAAUGAAGCGUUCCGCGCGCGUCUCAAUGAGCCAAAAGACCACCACAGCCGGGGCCCUAUAGAGCUGAUGUUCAGCCGGGGUUGCGGGGUAAGCGCAAUGAGGUACCGCGACCUCGGCCCAGAGCAGGAGAAGGAACAGGGGGGUGAAACAGUUCGUGGAGUCUUCGUCCUGAACCACCACAUGUUUAUCUACGGCCCUCGCUCCUGGGUGCAGUACACCAUGAGAGGAGAACACGAGCAGACCCUGCCGGCUCCUGAUACUACACCUUAUGAUGAUGUGAACUGGGAAAUACUGUCCAUGGACUUCCGUGAUCUAGAAAAUUUCUACCUGGUCAUGUGGAGUGGAGAUCUGGAUGAGGACCGGCUUCUGCUGCAAUUCUGCAAGAAUGGAGAAUGGAUGAAACCUUUGAGAUGUCGUGGUGCCCUCACUAUGAACAAGUACUGGACUAAGGUCUAUUGCAGUGAUCCGGAGAGAGGAUACCAGGUUACUAUCUUCGAACUUAACGUAGAAGAAAAAUGUUGGAACAAAUUGGAAGAGAUCUUUCAUCAAGAAACUGAUACGGCUGAAGCGAUGCUGCAAUUGAAACGAGGCAAAAAAGACAGAAUGUUACUUGCUACAACUACAUACAGUUUUGUUGUAUGGGACUUUGAUUGUAAGAUACCGAGGGUAAAACCAGAGCCAGAAGUUAAAGAAGAUGACGAAAAAGAAGAAAAUGAAGAAGAGGAAAAACCAGAGGAACCAGAAAUUGACCACCGUGUGCACGGCAUUGUACUGAAGCUGCCACACACCAUCCGUAACAUUUCUACGAAAAUGACGCUCUCCAACUCCUUUAUGAUUAGCAAUAACAAUACUUAUGCUGUGGCUGGAGUCAGGAAAAAUCUCUACGUCUGGAGUUUGGAGACUACAAAACUGAUCAAGAUCUUAGACGCUCACUUCGGCAGGAUAGUUCAGCUGGAACCACUGACAGUAGGUUCCUGGAACAACGUGAUCACAUCCUCGAUCGACAGGACCGUGAAGAUUUGGAACAUUGACAACAUAUUUGAACAAGUCCAUAAGAUAGACCGACAAGAGUUACCUAUAGAUUCUAUCAGUCUAGCCCGUGAUAAACAGUUAGCUGUGACAGUGACCCGAAGUUGCUGGGGUCUUUGGGAUACCAGCACUGGUAAGCUCCUGGCCCAGCUUGCUGAAGCUCCAUUAGGAGCCAUCGUUACUCAUGCCGUGAUAACACCAAGUGGAGAUAAUGUGGUCACGGCUGAAUCUGGAAACAUUGUGAUAUGGGAUACUGUUGAGAAACAGGUCAUUUACAAAGACGAACAAAAAGGCAUCAAACAGGUUCUGCUUCUAGAAGACGGCACCAAAUUCAUCACAAUCUCUAUGCAAGCGUCUACAGACAACGUGGACAACAUUGCCAUGGCGAAUAUCAUAGCGAGGACUAUUCCUGAGGGUGAAACAAUCUACAAUGCAGAAUACGAGCUACGAGGAACUGGGUACAAAUCAUCGGUUGUGUCUGCGGAUGAGCAUCAUAUUGUGGCUCCUGGAGUCGAUAAAUCUAACAGAGAAUGUCUGCAUGUAUUCCAUGCAAGAACUGGUGCAAGAUUGCAUAGGAUCCCAAUAAAGAACAGUGGUAUCAAGGAUAUGCAAUCAAUAGUGGCGUUACCACAUAAGCCAUUGUGGGUAGCUGUGGUGGGCAAUGACAAGGCUGGCAUUCUGGACAUCAAAACUAAAAGACAUAUUAGAUUCGUCCCCCGUUGGAACGGUGCCUGUACGCGCGAUGGCAAAAUUGGACUUUGUGCACCCUCUCGAGGAGGUUUGGACCUAAUUGAGCUGAAGAGGGGGACUUCGGUCCAGCAGCUGAUAUACAGGGCUGCUGAAGGUGUCUUCUCCAUCAUCACCAUGUUCAGUUCCACUGAUCAAUACGUGUUCUACUACCAUAGUGGGAGGAAGACCUUGAGAGUAUUUAGGACAGUAGAUGGCCGUGCCAUCGCCGAAUAUAGGGCACCAGCAGAAGUGACAGGGGUAGCCAGUGCGCAUGGAGGAACAGCUGUAGCCAUAGCGUCACAAGACGGGUGCCUCACCAUCCUGGACAUUGUGGAUCCACACGAGUAGAGAGAAAUUAGGGUUGUGAUUAACUUGGCUUGUGAUUUUGGUAAUAGCCCAGGUUCUUUCAAAAGCUUCUUAACUUUUUUUUCAAGAGCAGUAUGUUCCAAAACUAAUUUCUGGUAGUUUUUCA